CAUUUUGUGCAUCGGUCAUUGCACAAAUUCCAGAAUGGCCUGUUAUUUCUCCACAACAGCCUGCACCUGAGAAUAAUAAUAUUCCACAAUGGCCAACUAAUCCGCAACAACCUGCACCUGAGAAUAAUAAUAUUCCACAGUGGCCAACAAAUCCGCAAGCACCUCAACAACCAGAAAACGUUCCACAACAACCUCAGCAACCAGGAAAUAUUCCACAAUGGCCAACAAACCCACAACCACCUCAACAACCAAAUAACAUUCCACAAUGGCCAACCAAUCCACAACCACCUCAACAACCAGAUAACAUUCCACAAUGGCCAACCAAUCCACAACCACCUCAACCAGAUAACAUUCCACAAUGGCCAACCAACCCACAACCACCUCAACAACCAGAUAACAUUCCACAAUGGCCUCAACCACCACCUCAACAACCAGAUAACCCACAAUGGCCUCAACCACCACCUCAACAACCAGAUAACCCACAAUGGCCUCAACCACCACCUCAACAACCAGAUAACCCACAGUGGCCACAACCACCUCAACAACCGGAUAAUGGAAUUCCUAUAUUACCUGAUCAACCUCAACCACCUCCACAAUGGCCACAACCACCUCAACAACCAGAUAAUAGGAUUCCCAUUUUACCUGAAGAACCUCAACAACCCGAGCGACCCCCACAACCUCCCCGUCCUCCAGUAUGGCCACAAUGGCCACCACCUCAACCUGAACACCCACAACCGCCACAAUGGAAUCCUGAUGCACCAAUAUGGCGACCGGAAGAACGUGCAGCACGAGACCCACGUUGUCCUGCUUUAGACCCAAGAAUCCCAACUGUUUUCCCUCAUGAUUUCAAUUGCAGUUUCUUCUACCAAUGCCGUAACGGAUUAAGAUAUACUUUCCAAUGCCCAGGAAACUUGAUGUUUGAUAGGAAUAUUGAAGAAGAUAAAACGGCUUUCCAUACUUGUGUAGAUGAAUUGAAAAGCAAAUUUUUAUUUGUUGUAAUAUUGAAAGUUGCCGUAAAAUCUGAGUUUCUGAAGCAGACAGAUUUUCCUUUGGAAGGUUGGACGAAGAAGUUUGAGUUUUUGAAGAAGGAAGAAGAUUUGGUUAAGCCGCCACUAGCAGAGAAAAGCGGGCAAAUCUGA